CAGCCCUCCUCCCAUUGCUUUGGGAAGACAUUAAGAAAGAUAGACAUAUGCUUUUUUUUUGCUGUUAAAUAUAUAAUAGGACCAGCAUAUUCUGUAACUACGGUAUAGUUCAGUCUAACACAACCGUAGCAAGGCUGUGUCGCACUACUAGCUUGUUGCUACGUUUGCAUGUACAGCAACUAAUAAUAAUUAACCGGAGUCCAAGGAUGCUGAGGAGAGUUGUUCAGUUAAAGGACAACAAAUAGCAGCAACAAACCUUCUUCCAGAAACAUAUCUUCAGAGGACACGGCAAAAACACACACACGUAGACAGGAUGUAAACGGAAAGACGGCCAUAUGUGUACUGUCGAGGGCACUUGUCAUUUCAUGACCACUGCAAGAUUCUUUCCCCCUCACGGGAACAGUCUGAAACCCAGCACCCACUAACCUCUCAUCCAGUUUCGAAACAAGCUUGAAGUCUUUGAGAAUCGCCUCGUUCCAGUCCCCUGAGGUUGGGCCUGUCCGUUUGCGUGGUCUCACCUCCUUGUACAAACGUCACAACAGAAGAAGAGACGUCCCCCUCACCCCACCAGACCCUCAGCCGGCCAACUAUAGUGCUAUUAUAGUUCAAGCAAAGGCUAAUUGUUGGUCACUUACAAAGGGUGCACAGUCCCUGGAUGGUAAUUCUGUCUCUUUCUACUAAAGGAAGAUGGUUGUAAUUGUGGCCUGUGCACUCCUGUGCCUCUCCUGCUGGGUGUCUUUCUACUUCAUUUUGUGCAAUGUUAACGGGUCAAGGAGCAACGAAUGGAACUGCCGCCUUGUCACUCUGGUACAUGGCAUCCUUGCAGUAUGCAUCACGGGGUACAUAGGCUACGUGGAUGGACCCUGGCCCUUCACUUAUCCAGGUACCAAGAACACCCCCCUGCAGAUAAGCGCCAUGUUGGUGAGCCUGGGCUACUUCAUUUUCGAUAUGGCGUGGUGCGUGUAUUUCCGCACAGAGGGACCCGUUAUGCUAGCCCACCACACCAUGAGCAUCUUGGGAAUCCUGCUGACCCUGUGGUUGGGGGAGUCUGGCAUCGAGUCGUGCGCAGUGCUCUUUGGCAGCGAAAUCACCAACCCCCUCCUGCAGGCACGCUGGUUUCUCAAACAGACGGGACGCUACGGCACUGUGCUGGGGGACGUUGUGGACGUCCUGUUUGUGCUGCUGUUCGUGCUGAUGCGAGUCUUCGUGGGAGGCACAAUGCUGUACUGUGAGCUGAUCUCCCCGAGACCCAGAUUCUUCAUCAAGUGUGGAGGAGUGGCCAUGUACGCGCUAUCCUGGGUCUUCAUGGUGGACAUUGUUCGGUUCACCAUACGGAAGAGUAAAAGCUGGCAAAAACAGAAGAGAGGCCACCAAGAGAUUGUAGCAGCUAAUGGCCAUGAAUUGAAGAAGGAAUGAUUGGACUGCAUGUCUCUAAAGGAAAUCUGUUUACUUUGGACGCACUAUCUAACGUGCAGAAGAAAACAAGUUCUCUUUGUUAACCUGAGAUUAAAGAGGUUUUUUUAAUAUAGUACCUACCUAUUUGUAAGGUCCGAUACGUGUGCAUUUUAAAGAAAUUCAUUUUUUAUUGCAUUUUUACGUAAAAGGUACCGUUAACAAACAACACAGAUGUAGUUUGUCAACAAAAACCAAAGCACUUUCUAUAAACACAUGAACAGAUGUUGCUUUCAGUUGCAGUGAACUGUGGCCUAGUCAUAUGUGGUGGUGUUGCUCCAAAGGGAAGUUGGGAAAGAAACAGUUUACUCAGCCUUUGCUCCCUGUGAAACAUUUUCAUUAAUUUCAGAAAGAUUUUAUUGGUUUCCAUGUAAUCCUUUUUUGUUGUUGUAUGUGAGCAGAUUUUAAAGGUCUACUCAGGGAAAUUAGAAAAUAUCAGAAAGUUGGAAUGAAUUUCGGAGAAGUGUGUGUGACGCGUUUAAUUUCUUUAUUUAGUCAAGUUCAUUGUACUUCUAAUAUUUUUUUCCCUUUUGUCUGAAAUCCAAUUACAGAGUCCCACAAUACACGUGAUUCAUUUUAUCUCCGUCACAUAGAAGGAUUCAUGAAGAGGAACUAGUCAAUUACAUGGUUUGACGGUGGUAAUGAAUUUUUACUUUUUGUGUUAUUUUGAAGUGUCUGAUUUCAGCAAAUGUUUGAACAUGACUCCACAAGAUUAAUGUUCUCGACAAACGUUUGUCCUUUGUGCAGAUAGCUCCAAAUUAAUUGAAUUUAAUAAAGUGUUUGGUGAAUGUUUCAGUCUCACAGAGAUUUGUCAGGCAAUUACAUUUGUAGUGAGCUAUUAUACAUUGUGCCAAUCAGUUGUCAGUUCUUCUCCAUUUGUGUUUUUGAGAUGCUCUACGCUCUUUGAGGUGAAUGUAGGCUUCUGUGAAGAACAUAAUGAGUUACCAAACUGCUAGGUUUUUAUGUUCUUAUUAGUAUCAGCUGUUCAUGUUUAUAGUUUUACUUCACAUACAUGUGAUGUGUUGCUCUCCUGGAGUGUGUUUACCUGGCUGCUGCUGUCAGGAGUCUCUGUAUGCAUUACUAUUAUAUCCAAGAAAGUACAACAUUAACUGGUGUGUGCCUUAGCUGUCUGAAUGUACUUUCCCCGUUCUUGUUUGUUUUUUUCGUCUUGUACAGUACUAUAAAGUGUAAAAAUCAGUUUGGGGUCUCAUGAUUCACCUUUGUAAUCCCAGUCUAAAGUGAAAUAAAACUGUGAUAUGUU